UCUGCUGUACAACCUCUGAUGUUCAUUGAAAUCAUAGCACAACCAAGAACAGGCAUAAAGAGAGUAGAUUUAAGGGAAACCCAUCUUGGUUUUUUUAUUUGAAGAAAAGGGUUUGAUUUGGUUUCUUGGAUCGUCUGGUUUUUUUGCGUUCUUCUUGUGGCUCUGUUACAUGGCUAUUCAGGCGCAGACUUUGUAUUCUGAUAAUAUAGGGAUGCCGUUGUUUGGCGGCCCGUUGGAAUGGGUAGACAGUGGCUGCGGUGGCGGGUUUAAUCCGUUCGCUUUCAGUUUCCAGCAGCAGAAACUACAGCAGUUUCAAGAACAACAACGGGUUCUACAGCUACAAUAUCUGCAGCAGAGGAAUCAGACCCUGUUUUCCGAUUUCACCACAAACGUCAAGAAUCGAGAAUUCGUGGGAUGUUUUGACCAACAAAAACAAGAUAUUGAUCACUACAUGAGAUUACAGAAUGAGAGGUUGAGAUUGUUAUUGCAAGAGCAAAGGAAGCAGCAGCUUGGAGUAAUAAUGAAGAAAAUAGAAUCGAGGGCUUCUGUUCUUCUGAGACAAAAGGAUGAAGAGAUUGCGAGAGCCGCAAACAGAACAAUGGAGCUCCAGAAUCUGUUGAAGAAGCUGGAGAUGGAGAAUCAAGCAUGGCAGAGGGUUGCACAGGAGAACGAGGCCAAGGUUGUUUCUCUCAAUAGCACGCUGGAACAGUUGUGGGAAAGUGCUUCCCUCGGCUUCAACAAUGGAGCAGAAGAUGCAGGGUCUUGUUGCGAAGUAAACAAAGAAGUGACAAAAACAGAGGAGGAAGAAGUACAGGGGAGAAAUCCAGAGGCAACAAUGGUUUGUAAAUGCUGCAAUUCUCAGAGUUCUUGUGUUCUGCUUCUUCCUUGCAGACACCUAUGUUUGUGCAAAGAUUGUGAGCCUUUACUUGAUUCAUGCCCUGUUUGUAGAACAAGCAAGAUGGCCAGCAUAGAGGCAUUGAUUUUCUGGGGAGAAUAAUUUUCCGAGAAAAUUGAAGGGAGUAGUCAAAACUGGAAAAGAAAAUCUGAUGAUCAUU